GCCGCCACGGCAGUGUACACACGCAGUCAGCCGUCGCUCCCGAAGCAGCGCGCUUGUCACUCUGACAUGGUACGCGUGUGAAUGUGUGUGUGGGGCAUAGGCCCGCUCGUUCGAAAAUAGAAAACGGAAAAAUUGACCCCCAGAUGGGAGUGUACGAGGAGAGGGGGGCGAUGCACUGGCAACAGAGUGAGAGGUAUCUAACGUCCGCAUACGAGGGGGGCGGGGAGUUGUCCCCAGUGGCCCCGGCGACAUCACCCGGUUCCCCCCGCGAUUGCACUUCGUGCCGAAAAAGGGAACCCCCGGACGACCCCCCUCAAGUUCCCGCCGAAGAAGCCUGCGCCGGUUGUGGGACCAGAAUCACCGACCGUUACUAUUUGCUGGCAUUAGAGAGGCGUUGGCACACCCCAUGUCUAAGGUGCUGCGAGUGUAAAAUGCCCUUGGACUCAGAACAGAGGUGUUAUGCCCGAGACAGCAAUAUAUUCUGCAAGAAUGACUAUUUCAGGUUAUACGGUUCAAAACGGUGUGCCCGCUGCAACACGCCUAUAUCUGCUUCUGAGUUGGUGAUGAGAGCCCGUGACCUGGUUUUCCAUGUGCACUGCUUCUCGUGUGCACUAUGCAACACUCCUCUUAACAAGGGCGACACAUUUGGCAUCAGGGAUUCGGCUGUAUAUUGCAGGCUGCAUUAUGAAACCAUGCCGGAAUACGGCCCUCACAUGGCUGUUCCGGGCCCACCCCAAUUGUGCCCGGGGCCCUACGCCGGUCCACCCCCAGGACAGCAUUACCCCCCUUACCCCUCCCCCGAGUUUUCGCGAGUAGAAGCCGAUGUUCCUAAAGGGCCCUUUUUCAACGGUGCCGCCGCACCACCACCACGACAAAAAGGACGUCCGAGAAAAAAGAAACCCAAAGAUCAAGACCUCAUGACCGCCAACCUCGGUAUGGUUUCAGAAUGCGCGUGCGAAGUGGCGGCGAAUGGUGACCAAGCAAGAAAACAAAAUGGCGGACAAAUGCUCACCAGAUGGCUCUUUAGAGAUGGACAUGUAUCACGGGCCUAUGGGGUCCAUACAGUCUUUGCCACCACACAGUCCACCUUACAGCGUGAUGGGAGGCCCGCCGAGUCCAAACUCCAUGGAUUGUCCAUAGCCUCAGUUUUGCGCUUUAUGAGCGCUUUAAAAUGGAACAUUGCGACUGAGAGUGCGUCAAGGGUUUACUAUUUAACAUUAUGGUGUAGAAAAAUAGUGGAAGUCUUACUAUUAGUGAAUGGUAUAAUGAAUAUUCAAAUAGAUUACGAUUUUAAAAAUAAUAGCAGUCGAUUCCUAAAGAUGCAUAUUGUUUAAGCUUAACUUAUAUCACUGCAACUUUAUUCCAAAAGUGAUACAAACGGUCUAUAUAUUAAAGUCAAAGUAGAGUAGGUACCUAGUUACUUGCAUUGUACCGAAUUGAAGCAUUUCUCUAUCACUCUAAUGAUUCAUCGUGAUUUUUAGAUAUUAUGUAACAUUUGCUAAGGUAUGACUUAAUCUUUGUAUAGGUAUAGUAUAAAGUUGUAUUUAUAAAAAAUUCCAUCAUAAUAAUUAUCUUGAAACUUUAAUCGAUAAAUUAAACAUUAUGAAUUCAUCCAUCCAUUUCAGAAAACUAGAUAUUGUGAUCUUACUUAAUAUAUAAAUUUGCUAAUUGCUUGAUUACUUUUGAUCAUGCAUGGUUGUGCCGUAGACAGAUUUAGUUUAUAUUGUGCAAAUGGAAAUUUUACUAAAUUUUAUUAAUUUUAAUGUGUACAUUUACCGGCGUAAUACUUAUUGGGUUCCACGAGCUAAAAGUAUGGAGAAAGUUUUUUUAUUAAUAUAUACUAUUUAUUUAUUGACCACGAUAUUUAAUGUAGGCUAAGUGUAGUUUUAAGUGAUCAUAGGUACAUAUGUGAAAAAUUUUCCAUAGAAUAAAUAAUGAUUAGGCUUAUUUAAGAGCGAUAGAAUAAAAAUAUAAGAGAUUGGCCGAAUGUGAUAAAGGGAAGACGUUUGACUUUUUUUUAUCAUUUAAGUUGCAAAAAAGUCAUUUGUUUUAUAUUUUACAUUCAUGCUCUAUUAGUUAGUAAUAAGCAUUACCUAAGUAUAAAUACUACGCGCACUGUUAGUUCCUUUUUUUGUAUAGAAUUAAUAUACAUUUAUGGCAUAAAUAAAUAAUAAUCGAUAAUAAUAACUGUAGUGGACAUGUUGUGACAUAUUCAUUCGAAAUGUAUAGUAGGUACCUAACACAUAUAAUACUAUUCCAUACAUAAUAAAAUACCUUACGAUAUCUAGUGCAAGUGCUAUGAUUACAGUUCAUUCAUUUCAUGUAGAUCUACAUUAACUAUUCCUACCUGGAUAAUAUAUUCAUGUGACUAAAAUUAUAAAGAUCUGUUAAUAAAAAUAUUCCA